GCUGGAUGUACGAGACGCGCACCCGCAGGAUGUCGAUCAAGACCAAGCUCUGGAUGCUGCUGGCGAAGAUCCUGACGAGCAUCAGCCGGCCGCAGCUGUACAGCUACCAGGGCUGCCUGCCGAGCCUGCCGCUGCCCAGCGUGGAGGACACCACUAGACGGUACCUGCGUUCGGUGCGCCCUCUGCUCAACGAUGAGGAGUUCGCUCGCAUGGAGAAGCUGACUGAGGAGUUCCGCACGACGCUGGGACCGAGACUGCAGCGCUACCUGUGGCUCAAGUCAUGGUGGACCACCAACUACGUGUCGGACUGGUGGGAGGAGUACGUCUACCUGCGCGGCCGCAGCGGCAUCAUGGUCAACUCCAACUUCUACGGCAUCGACGCCAUCCUGAUGCAGCCGUCGACGGUGCAGGCGGCUCGUGCCGCCAACAUCACCUACGCCGCCAUGCUGUUUCGGCGCGCCAUCGACCGCCAGGAGAUCGAGCCGAUCCUGAUCCAGGGCAUGGUGCCGCUGUGCUCGUGGCAGUACGAGCGCACGUUCACACACACCCGCGUGCCCGGCAUCGAGACAGACCGCAUCGUGCACUACAACGACUCCACCCACAUCGUGGUCAUCCACAACGGCAAGUACUACAAGAUGCAGGUGUACGACAUCAAGAAGCGACUGAUGACGCCGGCCACGCUGGAGAUGCAGUUCCAGCGCAUCCUGGAUGACGACGAGACGACGCCGGACAAGGGCGAGGAGCUGCUGGGCGCUCUGACGGCCGGCGACCGGGCGCACUGGUACCUGACGCGGCGCGACUUCUUCAGCCGCGGCACCAACCGCGCCAGUCUGCUCGCCAUCGAGAAGGCCGCCUUCGUCGUCUGCCUGGACGACGUCGACCUCGUGUUCGACCAGAGCGACCACACCAAGCUGGACGACUUCGGCCGCUGGUGUCUGCAUGGCAACGGCUGUAACCGGUGGUACGACAAGUCGCUGAACCUCAUCAUCGGCAGGAACGGACGGAUUGGCUUCAAUGGCGAACAUUCGUGGGCGGACGCGCCCAUCAUGUCCCACUUGUGGGAGUACGUGCUGGCAGCGGACGUCAUUCGCGAGGGAAUCGGAGCCCGUCUGGGAUACGCCGAGAAUGGGCACACGGUGGGCGAGGCGGACACGGACGCCAUCCCGCCCGUCAAACUGCGCUGGGACAUAAAAAAGAAGUGCAUGGAAGCCAUCGAGCGCAGUCACAGGGAGGCCCAGAUGGUGCUGGAGGACGUGGACCUGCGUCUGCUGAUGCACGACAGCUUCGGCAAGGGCUUCAUGAAGACCUGCAAAGUCAGCCCGGACGCCUUCAUCCAGAUGGCGCUCCAGCUGGCCUACUUCCGAGACUCUGGCCGGUUCCGGCUGACGUACGAGGCGUCGAUGACGCGCUUGUUCCGCGAGGGCCGCACCGAGACCGUCCGGCCGUGCACCGUCGAGUCGUCCGCCUGGGUCCGCUCCAUGGCGGCCGGCAACCAGGACAGGAAGGAGCAGAUCCGCCUGUUCCGCGUCGCCUGCGAGAACCACCAGCGCGGCUACCAGGACGCCAUGCUGGGCAAAGGCAUCGACCGCCACCUCUUCUGCCUGUACGUGGUCUCCAAGUACCUUGAGACGGACUCGCCCUUCCUCAAGGAGGUGCUCAGUGAGCCGUGGCGGCUCUCCACCUCCCAGACGCCGCACGGCCAGACCAACCUGCUGGACCUGCGCAAGCACCCCGGCUGCGUGUCGGCCGGUGGUGGUUUCGGACCCGUCGCCGACGACGGCUACGGCGUCAGCUACAUCAUCGCCGGCGAGGACAUUGUCUUCUUCCACGUCAGCAGCAAGAAAAGCUCAGCAGAUACGGACUCUGACCGGUUCGUGGGCCGCAUCCAGCGCGCUCUGGCUGAUAUCCGGCUGAUGUUCGAGCAGGCGGCCGAAUGAUGGCGCUCCCCAGCUAAUGUCAACCGAGCGGACGGCCGCGCAACCUGCGGUUUGUUGACCGGCCGAGAGAUGGCGCCCGCCGCGCCCGUAGUUUGUUUAUGCGUGUUAGUCAAAGUGCGAGGUGUUUCGGGUAGCCUUUGGUUUGGUUGUGGCUGUACUAUAGAUUGACAGAAUGUGCGGCAGAGGAACGGCGUCAUCAGAGCCGUGUUCAACAAUGCAACGUGCUGGCACGAGUUAGUACAACUUGGGUGUUUGCCACACUUCUGGCAGGGUCAGGCUCCACAGGAGACUGGUUAUGGCUCUAGCUUAUGCCGUGUGUGGUGUACUGUUGUGUUUGUAGCGAAGACCGGCGUGCUCAAUGACCAGAGAUGUAUCAAUGCAAGUGCCACCAAACUGCAUUCGUUGUAAGAUAGCUGCUAGACUUAACACCAUUUAUUUACAGACACUGCACCCAUGACCGAUUUUUAAGCAACGCUGUGCGGUCAGUUAGUGCUCACUUGCUGUAUAUUGGGUCAGGUUUUACCUUCGGCACUAGGCUUUCCAGGAAAGAUUGGUUGAAAAAACCUUCGGCACUAGGCUUUCCAGGAAAGACUGGUUGAACUGAUUGGAUAGAGGCGAGCUGUGCCUGGCCCGAUUAUCCGAUUAAAAUAGGACAAUUUUCAGAGCUAGUGUUUACAUAAAGUGCUGAUGCAAGAUUCUGUUACAUGCGACCGCCGAACGUAAACGACAUUGAUGAGGACCGUCAUGACGGCUCAUUGAAGCGCUCGCCACAUUGCUCGUCAACUAAUACCGUCCUCCAUCGCUCCUUGGAUGUAAAUCAUAGCAUCGGCAAAACACCGGCGCAUGCAACGACGCUGACAUAGGUGUAUAGUGGACGACCCGGCCGUGUUAGGACGACGCAUGCCUUCAGGACAUCGGCGGUUAAAUGCAACACCUUGCGAUUUCUUUUCAUGAGUCCUCGGCCUAUUUACUUGAGGACACGCCAUCCUUCAUGGCACAGUGUAAGCGCUCUUUGUUUUUUUAUGUUUCCCAGAGAGGUGACUGGAGGAGUGUACUCCUGUUGGCACAUCUGAUAGGUCAGCGCACGCUACAUGUCCGUUCCGAUUGGUCAGUGGUCGCUCAGCUUCAGCACUGAUCGGUCGCAUGCCUCUACGGCUGCACUGAUUGGUCAGUACCAAUUAGCAGGAAGUGUGCCAUGUAAUUGUGCUGCUGCUCUGUCCAUUCACUAAUACAGACACUGACGCCGA